CCGGAUCGCCCUCAAAUUCCAGUUCAGGGGGAUGCUAACUCAAAGCGCAGCCUCGUGCCCUCCUCUUACAUCUGAAGCAAGAACUCCGCGCUCGGUGCGGCAACCAUGUGUGGCUGCUGGUACGACUGCUGCGGCAAGGUCAAGGAUUGGCUCAUCUUUCUCGCCAUCGUCAUUGGCCUUGCUAUUGCUGCCGCCGUCGUCAUAGUCAUCCUCAUCUUUGGAGGCCCCCUCCGGCAUGUGAAGAUCAGCGUCGAGGACGCGUCGCUCACCCGGUUCGCGCUGGUGACCACGCCCACGACGGCGCUCGCGUACAACCUCACGCUGGCGCUGGCCAUCCGCAACCCCAACUGGGCCAUCGGCAUCAAGCACGACAAGCCGCUGGAGGCCGCGUACAGCUUCGACGGCCAGCCGUUCGAGCGCGUGCAGGUCGCGGACAAGGGCGAGAAGCAGGGCGCCAGGAAGACGGUGGUGUACCACCUGGCCUCGAGCUCGGACGCCAGGGGCGUGGCGUUGGGCAACGCCGGCGAGGCCGAGUUCAGGAAGGAGAACGCGACGGGACUGUUCGAGGUGGAGGUGGCGGUCACCGGCAAGUUCAAGUACACGCUGCGCAAGACCAAGUGCAAGAUCGAGGCCACCUGCCCCCUCAAACUGCAGCUCGCCACGCCGGGGGCCGCGACGUCGUCGUCCGUCGUGUUCCAGAAGGUUGACUGCGAGGUCGCCAAAUCCGACGACAAGUACUGCUAGAGAUGAUGAUGGGUUUGCAAAUGUCAUUGAUUUGGAGAGAUGAUGUGUUGUGUUUUGCUCAUGCAUGUCCCCCUCUUGUUGGUGCUUUGUUGCAGUUGAGUUGAAGUGUGUGUGUGUGUUUCGCCCGUCAGAUUAUUCGUUGUUUUCAAUGGCCAAUGUUUGAACGAGAUGAGUAGUUCUCACCUGAGGCUUGAACAAUGCAGCAAUUUACCAGACAAACUUUCUUGCCGCGAACAAACCUAGUGGUUAUUGUAAUGAGAUUCCAGGAUGUUGACAAUGGACAGAUCUCUUCUAUUUUUCAAUUCCUUUA